CUCUGGUGCAACGUAAGGAUACAGUCUCCACAGAUAUACCGAACCAUAUGUUGUAAUAAAGCGUGAUAUCAUUUAAGUACUUCAUCAGAGUAACGGUCUUCUAAGUAAGGUCAAUACAAAACCUUACAUUGGGCGUUUUUUCAUCUUCACGGAGCUUGAAACGUCAAAGGGACAAUGGCUGAUCAGCUGACUGAGGAGCAGAUUGCUGAGUUCAAGGAGGCGUUCUCGCUGUUUGACAAGGAUGGUGAUGGUACAAUCACUACCAAGGAGCUUGGGACUGUGAUGCGCUCUCUGGGACAGAACCCCACUGAGGCUGAGCUGCAGGACAUGAUCAAUGAGGUGGAUGCAGAUGGUAAUGGUACAAUUGACUUUCCUGAGUUCCUGACUAUGAUGGCCAGGAAGAUGAAAGAUACGGACAGUGAGGAGGAGAUCAGGGAAGCGUUCAGAGUCUUUGACAAGGAUGGGAACGGCUACAUCAGUGCAGCCGAGCUACGGCACGUCAUGACCAACUUGGGGGAGAAGCUCACUGAUGAGGAGGUGGACGAGAUGAUCCGCGAGGCUGACAUUGAUGGCGAUGGUCAAGUCAACUACGAGGAGUUUGUCCAAAUGAUGACUGCCAAGUGAAGAGAACCCUGAAAUUUCUCUCAAAGUUGCUUGUCCUCCUAAGAUCACUGUCUUUAAGAACCAAAAAAGGAACGAUUGUCAAACGAUAAACAACCCCCCAAUCACUUAUUUGUGGAAUUCAACAAUUUGUGCUUCAGUACAUCCAAAAACUUCUAAGGUAUCUGUUUAGCAAACACCAACAGAGUAAUCCCUAGAGAAGUUAAUGGACCAAGCUUUAAGAGGGCCGAAGCCCCGUCUUCAGACCAAGAUUCUGCUGAGUCACUCGGCUCCCGAUUUUUAAAUUUAGAGGAAAGAGCAACACUGAAAAGGCAGAGGGAUAGGAACCCAUGCUGCAGUUGGUAUAGAGAAGUUGGCUUUUUAAUGAUUUCCAAUAUUCAACAAAGAACUCUAAAUACUGAAUUGAGUACUCUUCUUGCAUGCAUCCUUUCUGUGGCGGUCUCCUGUCACGACAAGGAGGCUCUGAUCCCAUCAGAGGUAGUGGUCAGACUGUGUACACACUGGAGGUAUAUACAUUACUCUAUAGCUAUAUAUCCGUUAAAUUUGUGUCACUAUUGGUUAUUGCAAGAGCAUAUAGUUGCGAUGUCGGGCGUUCACUGGUGCUCGGUUGCAGUCCUUAUACCUUGAAGACUUGAGACAAGAACGAGAGACUGAAAAGUGCUGAUGGUGUAUUCCUCUUGGGGAUGAUAUUGUCUUCUUUUGAGUCGUGGGCAUUACAUUGCCUGCAGCCCUGUUGGGAGACAGUAGUAUGUUGUAUUGCUCCAGGUGGAUUAUUGUGAAAACAACACUUGAGGACUGCAGUUAUUAUAGUUGUUCUGCAAUCUGAUAUCCUGAUGAUACAAUAUUGAUGUAAUGCUUUAUAAAUGUGUUCUCAAAUAUUAAUGUAUUGAUGACAAACUUUGGUCACCAAAUAUAUAUCGUAAAGUUUGCAUUGCCUAUUGAUGUAGUAAAUGACCUGUGACAUGUUUUCUCUUUGGUUUUGAAAUGUGCCAUAAUACUCUAAAACGCCUCAACCUUCUUGCAAGACUCGUAGUUCAUUAGAAUAUAAUAAAUCUACUUAAUAUAAUAACAUAAAAAUACAAGCAGUUGAACAUAUUUGCACUUUGGUAUAAACCACAUGAAUAUUAAAAAGGUUUUGUUUUAAAAGAAGAAAAAGAAACCAAAUGUCACUGUUGCUGCUGCUGUAACAACUGCUACACUCUCAUUUCUCGUCCUUGUUGGUGUCUGAUCUUUGAUUUCUAGUCCGGUGAUUCAAACUUCAAUCUGCUUGCUGUUUUACUCAACAGAAUACAUGUAUAUUCACAAAAGCUACUGGUGGUAGGGGUGGUGUGUUUUAAUUUGGGCUUUUAGAAUGGGACUUUCAGAUAGGGAUGAAAUGAGGUUGUAGCAAAGAAUUCAACUUUAGAAGUGAGAUCGUUCAGGUGUUUGAACAGUUUGGCUAAAUUUGCGAAGCGGAGGUAUCUUGCGAUUUCCUCAAGGCACGGAACUUAAAUACUGCUCUGCUUGAGGCGUUUAAUUUGGAUGUCGGGAAGUAAAUGGACUGUAAACUUCUGAAGGUAUCUCAGAAAUGUAAAGAUGUGAUAUAUUUUCCAUAAAUCAAUAAAUUGAGCUGUACUUCA